AUGGCGUCCAACCAGUCAUCCAGCUCUCCAAACAAUAAUCGUAAUUCUGUCAAUUCGCUAGGUGGAGAUGCCACUGCUCCUGCGGAACUCUCUGCGGUUGUUGACGAGCUUCUGAACUCCUUGUCGAACAAGUUUGCGGGUGUUUCGAGUGAGAUCUUUGCAAAGAUGGACGAGAUGUCGAGACGAUUGGAUAACCUCGAAGCUACUCUGCAAAGCAAUAAUGAAGGGCGUGAUGGAAAGUCCAGUCCAACAAAGUGA